CCAGCUCUGCAUAUAUAAAGAGUGUGAUCGACCUCUUUCUGAUGGACCACACCUUCGAGCACCUUGUUUCGCAAAGAGAGCCAAUAUGAAGUUGUACCAAGUCCCUGUUCUUGUGGGGCUAGCGACGUCAGCGUUCGGCAGUGCCCUUGUCCCUCGUCAAGCUUCGAACGAGAGUUGCCCAGGCUACACUGCUAGCAACAUCGAAGACAAUGGUGCUAAAGUCACGGCCGAUCUGAAACUGGCGGGGCCCGCUUGCAAUCUGUAUGGGACGGAUAUCGUGGAUUUGAAAUUGGAAGUCGAGUACGAGACUGAAAGCCGCCUGCACGUCAAGAUUUACGAUGCCGAAGAGCUAGCAUAUCAGAUUCCUGAUUCAAUCUUUCCUAGGCCGUCGAGCGAGGCUGCCGACCCUUCGAAUUCUCUACUUGCUUUCUCGUACACCAACGACCCUUUCUCUUUCCGCAUUGUCAGAAAGAGCAGCAAUGAGACCAUCUUCGAUACUUCAGCUGCUAGUCUGAUCUUCGAAUCUCAGUACUUACGCUUGAGGACGCGCCUCCCCGAAUCUCCCCAUCUGUAUGGUUUGGGCGAGCACACAGAUCCGUUCCAGCUCAACACAACGAACUAUACUAGGACGCUAUGGAAUCGUGACUCGUAUGGUGUCCCAGUCGGAACUAACCUCUAUGGUGACCAUCCCAUUUACUUUGAUCACCGUGGUUCAUCCGGCACGCAUGGCGUGUUCUUAUUGAGCUCCGCUGGAAAAGACAUCAAAAUCGACAACGUCGGUGGUCAAUUCCUUGAGUACAAUCUCCUCGGUGGCAUGUUUGAUCUAUACUUCAUGGCCGGGCCGACACCCAAGGACGUCAGCGUGCAAUACUCCGAGAUUGCCGGAAAAGCAGUCAUGCAGCCAUACUGGGGCUUUGGAUUCCACCAGUGCCGCUACGGAUACCGCGAUGUGUUCGAUGUAGCAGAAGUCGUCGCGAACUACUCGAAGGCCGAAAUUCCGCUGGAGACAAUGUGGACCGACAUCGACUACAUGUAUCUUCGAAGGGUGUUCACGCUCGACCCAGAAAGAUUCCCAAUCGAACGUAUGCGAGAGCUUGUUGACUAUCUACAUGCCAACCAACAGCACUACGUCGUCAUGGUCGAUCCUGCAGUGUCCGACAGAGAGGAUGGUAUUCCCAACAAUGGCUACACUGAUGGCGUAGAGCUCGACAUCUUCCACAAGAAUGCUAAUGGCUCUGGAUAUUACACGGGUGCAGUCUGGCCUGGCCCCACUGUGUUCCCUGAUUGGUUCCACCCUAGCACUCAAGACUACUGGAACAAAGAGUUCUUGGAGUUCUUCGAUGCUGAGACUGGUGUUGAUAUCGAUGCUCUGUGGAUCGACAUGAACGAGGCUGCUAACUUUUGUGAAUGGCCUUGUUUGGACCCGCAUGGUUGGGCCGACGAGUCUGGUAACCCUCCAGUCCCACCACCAGUCCGAAACAGUUCCGGUCGACCAAUUCCAGGUUUCCCUGGCACAUUCCAGCCCCCCCAAUCAGCCAGACGUCUUCGAGCACGUCAAUCCGACAAGUAUCUCGGACAGCCAGGGCGUGAUCUUAUCAACCCUGAAUACGAGAUUCAGAACGCUGCAGGACCAAUCAGUUACAAGACUAUCCCUACGGAUGUGAAGAACUACGACGGAUCUCACCAAUAUGACACUCACAACCUUUACGGCUUGAUGAUGUCCAUCGCUUCGAGAAAUGCUUUACUUGCACGACGACCAGAAAGGCGACCCCUUAUCAUCACUCGAUCAACUUUUGCUGGUGCGGGAAGCCACGUGGGCAAGUGGCUUGGAGAUAACUUGUCGCUUUGGGAUCACUACCGCCAGAGUAUUUCAAACAUUCUCGAAUUCUCCGCCCUUUUCCAGGUCCCAUUCGUCGGCGCUGACGUGUGCGGUUUUGGUGCCAACACCACCGAAACGCUGUGUGCUCGAUGGGCUACCUUGGGUGCUUUCUACCCUUUUAUGCGUAAUCACAACGGUGACACGUCUAUUUCCCAGGAAUUUUAUCUCUGGGACACGGUGACAGAAGCCGCGAAAAACGCCAUCAGUGUCCGAUACCGAUUGCUCGACUACAUUUACACGCAUCUUCACCGCCAAUCUACUACUGGCCUACCAUUGCUCAACCCACUCUUCUUCCAGUACCCUGAAGAUGAGAACACUUUCGCCAUCGAACACCAAUUUUUCUACGGCGACAACAUUCUCGUCAGCCCCGUCCUAGAAGAGAACAGCACAGACGUGUCCAUCUACCUCCCCAAGGGCAUCUUCUACGAUUACUGGACGCACGAGAAAAUCGAGAGCAACGGAUCCACUGUUGAACUCACCGAUAUCCCCUUCACCUCAAUCCCUCUCCAUAUCCGCGGCGGCUCCAUUAUCCCGCUACGCGCUGAAUCAGCAAACACUACCACGGAACUUCGCAAGAAGGACUUCGUUCUCUGGAUCGCUCCUAAUGAGAACAAUGAAGCUGAGGGUUCCUUGUAUCUCGAUGAAGGUGACAAGAUCACGCAGGAUGCCACGUCUGAGAUCAACUUCUCAUACGCCAAUGGCACGCUCAAGAUGACGGGCACAUUUGGUUAUGAUACUGAUGUUGUGAUUCAAAAUGUCACGGUGCUAGGCGCAAGCCAGCGUGGGGAAGUCGUCACAAUUGAAGGCCCAAUUUCAUUGAACGAAGAAUACAGCAGUGGCUUUUAG